AUGUCCGCCUCCCGCUCCAGGAGGUCCAUGGGAGAACCCGACUACACGUCAAGUUUAUACUCAGAACCUCCGGCACCCCUGUCAUCGGUAAACCCCAUCAUGGACGCUCUCAAAGAGGGCGUCUUGAAACUCAGGAGCAAGUAUCGGGACUUCACUCUUCUCCUGGACCUGCAGAAGGGAUAUCAUCAUCACUUCAUGACGCGUCUGUUCGACCACGUCAAGGAGGUAUCCCAGUUUUCCUGGGACAAUCUCGAGUGGGACGGGGACGCACGUAGGGCUUGCGCCGAAAGCUUUCUGGAGAAAUACGGGAUGCAGUACUGGGGAGAGAAGAACCGAAAGAAGUGUCUCAUGGCGGAGAGUUUGGAAAAUCCGGGCGAGUUGUGCACUUAUCCAGAAAGAAAAGAGGAAAUCACGCGGAUCAUAAUGCUUCUCAUUGAGAAGAAGGUCAAAACCGAGCUGAAGGAGAAAAGAGCAAACGUUGGACCGAAAUCCCAGGAUGUCCUGAGCGACACCAAGGCACAAGAGUCGGGCUUAAAACCCUCUCAUCCGCCCACCAACCCGCCUCUACUUAUCCUGAAACCGGAUAACCCCCAGGCGAAGGCGAAGUCGACUAACACGAACCACGACAAGGAUGAGAGCGGGGGCAAAAGACGCACAUCUGACAGUCCAGAUCCCUUCUAUGUGAGACAAAAGGAACGCCGCCUGAAAAAGUCCAAGAAACCCAAGACAGAAAACAAUGAAGAUGACAGUAACAUGCUACCGCCCAGCAAAAUCGGCAUGCUCCCGGAGAGGCCAAUUCCCAAGCCAGUGGGGGUUCUAGAACCAGAGCAGAAGGCCCAGAAGCAUGCGGCUCAAGGAAGUAAGCAGAUGAAAGUCAAUGACAUGGACGACAUGGACAUUGACGAGAUCUUGGAAGCGCCCUUAUUCCCAAGACGGGACAGAAGCAUAGGGAAUCAGAGUACUGCAACCCCGACGCAGUCGAGCGAGGAGCGACGAACAAGCUUCCUAGUCACCGCUACGAGCCAACCCGGGAUGGCGCCAGUGUUCGUGCCCUUUCAGAAUUUUCCCACUGCCUCGGCCUUCAUCGAAUCCAUGACAGACGAAUGCGGGCUGCAUGAAUGGGAUCCGAGCACACAGUUGACCCGGGAAAUGUCAAACUCAUUUAGCCCAGCGGCGGCAAUGCGAGGGGUCAUUGCCGCGUCUGUGGAGUUGAAGUGGUCUGGGUUCUCGAUCCGGGUCCGGCCUGACAAGAACAGGGACUGGGAGAUUCUGGUGGAAAAAAUACGAAAGGAGUGGAGCAACAGGGAUCAGAACAAUCAGAGCAAUAGUGCUACUGUUGACAACGGUAGUGAGGGUAAUAUUAAGCGUGACGUUGGCGACCUUGAGAUUGUGGUCAUGCUGCACGUCGUGGGAUGAUCCUUGGGUGUUUCUCUCUUUGUCUCCGGGAUUUCUGCAUAUACAGAGGAUUCCUACAUGUCAGUGGCUACAACUUGCAAGGGCUCCUGGUGUUGGACGUGUCAAGGUCUUUCUUUGGGUUAUCUUUUUCUGUUCUCGACGGGAUAAUGCAUGAUGACCGCUGGGCGCUUCGGGUCAGAACUCGGUCCAGAAAGGCCGAAGAAGGUUCCAAAAAGCGGUGAAUUUUCCAGACGCCGUUGCGCUUCGAUUUCAAAGAAAAGUACGGAGUAAUGAUUAGUAUUCGUGGCUGUCCAGGUCCAGGACAUGAAGGGAUGCUCCGCUCGGACGGGCCGUUGUGGAUUGAUU